AACCGAAGUACUGAAUUACAUUGAUGUGUAAAGUGCCCACUUUCUAGUUUGGGGUCGGCAAUUUGUAGAAUCCUAGUCGUUGGCAUUUGAGCUGAAUACCAUUGCAGCCCUUCUGAUGUCAUCACGCUGAUAUACAUAUAUAUCCCCAACAACGUGGAAAGUGGAGCUAUAAUCAUUGCUGUGAACUACAGCAUCUCAUAUUAGAAGUAACGGCUUCUAUUUGAUUUUAUCUACCUCGUCGCAUCUGGAAAUUGGAUACCACAGAGCAGCAAUGGACGCCACUGCUGGGAGAACCAUUGCACCCCACCCUAAUUUUACGAUUGCCAGGGAAAAUGCCGAUGGCAAGCGAAGACCGCAGGCUAUCGGCCAUCGGGGCUACAAGGCAGCCUUCCCUGAGAACUCUAUGGCCGCCUUCGAGGGUGUUGUCAAGGUCGGCGCCGAUGCCAUUGAAACCGAUGUUCACUUAACAAAGGACGGUGUGGUGGUACUCUCGCAUGACAAAACUCUUAAGCGCUGCUUUGGCCUGGACAAGAAGAUUAUUGACUGCGAGUGGUCGUACAUUAAGACACUUCGUACAGUGGCCGAGCCGAAGCAGUCCAUGCCUCGCCUCCUGGAUCUACUAAACUAUGUUACGAGCCCCGGGCUGCAGCAUAUAUGGGUCCUUCUCGACCUCAAGUUAGACAACGAUUCAGACGACCUGAUGCGGUUGAUCAGCGAAACAAUCGCCCAAGCAAAACCAUCAACGCCGUGGAAAGAGAGGAUAGUGCUCGGAUGCUGGGCAACUGAGUUCUUGCCGCUUUGCUCAAAAUACCUACCUGGAUUUCCAAUCACGCAUAUUGGUUUCAGCAUAUCAUAUGCGCGCCAAUUUUUGAAGGUUCCCAAUGUGUCGUUUAACAUGCUCCAAAAGAUCAUGGUUGGGCCGUGGGGAGACCAGUUUUUGGCAGACUGCAAGGCAUUAAACCGCCCUGUGUUCCUGUGGACUGUCAACGAAGAGAAGUGGAUGAAGUGGAGUAUAAGCAAGGGCGUUGAUGGGGUCAUAACAGAUGAUCCAAAGAAGUAUUUGGGGGUGGUUGACGGUUACGAUGAGAAGAAACCCCUGGACUGGGUGAGUCUAAGGGAUUAUCAUAACCUGGCGUGGGUGAAUUUAUUGGUAUCGGUAUUCGGAUUUAUAUUCAGGCUCAGGUUUGGAUACUCCAUCAAGCCGGAGGAGAUGCGGAUACACCCCGAGGAGGUCACAACGGGAAAGUCUUCCUCGUAGCUGGAGAGCAUACAGCUACUUAGAAUUUAUGAUUGUCUGUUUCACAUGAAAUAUGCCGCCGAGGAACAGUGCUGGCAGCGCCGUCCUCGUAGUGCAAUAUAAGCACUACUUUAUAGAACAUAUAUUACGAAUGAAAUAAUGUGAUUCCACC